AUGACGGUCAUGCGACGGGAAUUGAAGGCCAUGAAGGAUGCGCAGGUGUCCCAUGCAGAGGUGGUGGAAUUUCGACAGGUGUUUAACCAACUGGCCAUCGAAGCCAAAACCGAAGUGGCCGAGAAAGAAGCACAGGCGGCGGCCGCCUUGGCCGCCUCUCCAGGGGGCCGCAGGAGGUCCAUGCCGGACCUCAGUGCUAUGGCGCGUCCUCGGCGAGGCAUCGAGAAUGAUGCUGUCUUCCAGGAACUCAAGGCCUCGCUGUUCAUCGGUGGCAGGGCUUUGUGCAUUUCUGUAGGCACCGUCAUCGGCAUGCUACGGUCCUUGGGUGUUCGCAUUAGUGAGAAACAGCUGCUGGAACUCACCAACAAGGUGAGAGACUUUGCGGCGGUGGAUCAGGGUGAACUUGCGCAAGAGGAUGCCGUAGAUUUUGCCGCCUUCCUGCGAGUCAUUAGGUGGAUGCUGAACGUGAACUUUGGGGACAUCAACAGUCGCGCCGCGGCACGCCUCGGGUCCAAGGCCAAGAUGCCUUCCAGAUCGCGGAGUGCGCAUAACCUGGAUGCGUCGGAGACUCUGGAAGCACCGCCGGCGUCCCGCAGAAGGCGUGCAUCAGUGUGCUGA